AUGGGAAUACGGUGCUAUCUAAUUCGAGCCAGCGAAGAGGAGCUACAGGAGAAGGUCCUCCACCCAAAGGCGACGAAGGACGCUGUCUUUGGGUGGCCACAAUCGGACCACCUGGAACUGCUUGAUUCGACAGAGGCAGCUGCAGCAGCACGGAAGCAAAAUGAGGACAAGGAUAGCAAACCACCUGCCAAAAAGGCCAAGACAGAAACGCAAGAAACUCAAGACGAAGCAAAGAAAACGCUUCGCGAAGCUCGUCAUUUAUGCUUGGACAAGUCCUGGACUGCGAUUCACUGGCUGUUGACCCACCAGGACGGCACUACAAACGGUGAUGCUUACUCCAAAGCAGACCCUGUGGAGCCCGUCACGGCUCUGUUGAUUGACAAAAAGAAGUUCUAUGAAGUCAGCUUAUUCAGUACUGGAGAAAGGACCCGUUACGGAAAGAUCACCGAUUUGAAGCCUCGAGCUGGCGUUGCUGUCUCUGGCUCUUUCCAGUCUACUUCUCCUCCAUUGGCCGCUGCCUGUGAUACUCUCAAAUCCAAACUUGCCAAAGGGUACAAAGCUCAUCUCGUUGGGUUGGACACGGCAGUCCAAAAAAGAUACGAUAGAUUUGGAGGAGCGCCCUCCAAGAAACCCGCAGAAGGAGAACAAUCUACUUCUCUCGUCGAUAUUUACACUGUCAAGGACAAGGGCGUCAAAGAAUGCCUCCAAGAUCAGUUUGGGAUGAAUCAGGAAGACAUGGGUCUGAAUGCCAAAAACAGAGUUGAGACCUUAUUUCGGUCCUUUGUCAUGGACCAAUUACAACCCAAGCAUCCGGAUGGAACCCCUUAUCAUCUCAGCUACCUUGUCUACGGUGGAGAGCCAACUUGCUUCUUGGCGUAUGGCGAGGGACGUUGCCUCAAUGCAAAACAAUUAAAGCAUUGGAAUGAAGAAAUUGUAAAUGCCGUCGACAAAGGUCUGAAGAACGUCUUUGACCCCGAAAAAAUGAAAAGCAGCGACGAAUUCCCAGCCGAAUGGAAGGCCGAUGAUUGGGACUACAUCGAGACGCACAUCUUGGCUCUCAGAUACUUUUUGCAAUGCGCCGUCGAAGAUGAGCAAGGUGUACUGAUCUACUUGGCGUAG